CUAAGAGGAGCAGAUGCCCAGCCCUCAGACCAGCAAGGCGGCUCCGGCUUCAUCUGCGGAAAGCGACAGUCCGCCCGACGGGAAAGGAAAGGGGCAAAUCAGCCAAUGGAACCGCAGGAGUGCCGGAGUCACUCCACACAUGCAUCAGCCACACCCACAUCCCUACGUCAUGGUGAAUCCAACUUCCUUCAGCUCCUCCUCCGCUUACCUGCGGGCCCUCCUCCAUGACAGCAAGCAGGCGGUGCUCAUCCAUCCGGGAGAGCCUGGAGUACCUGGUGGUGCAGGAAAACCUGGUAUCAUGGGGAAUAUAGGUGAAAAGCUCACCAGAGACAAUGGCUCUCAGUCUUCCGUCCUUCACUUGCCACCCGCUGCCUCCUCCUCCUCCAUACUCAGCAUGCCGCCAACAAGGCUCUUCCCAUUGGUGGCCAAAUACAAGCAGCACCCGGCUGGACAAGGAAUGAAGCCCGGAAGCAUGGGAUGGGUCCAACAUGAAUCCAGCUCUCCAAAAAAUGAAGAGGGGGGUGGAAAUAAGAAAAGCACGGCGCCUUCCUAUCUACAGGAACAUCCCAAAAACAACAACCAUGUGCAGAAGACCGUCUCAAAUGAGGGACAGGACAAGGAUGGCCCUGAGCUGGUCCAUCCUGUCCAGUACGCCAGUGGGUGCAAGUCUCCAUGCUGUGAGAAGACCUUUGCAGAUCACAGACACUUCCUCAGACAUUUGUACAGUGACCACCACCCAGAUGACAAAAGCACCGUGCAGUGCCUCCUACAACGAGAGGUGGUCCUCAGCCUAGAAGAACAGCUUGCUUUGGAGAAGCAGAGGCUCCAUGAGAUGCAGAGCUUGAUGACGGGAAAACUUGGCACGGCUCAUCUAUCAAAGCAGAGAGAACGUAGCAUCUUCCACCAGUCCUAUUAUUCUGGAGUCUCUACCUGGCCUGGUCUGGAUCUCACAGUCCCAUUACCGGAAGGCUUCCCCGACACUGUCCUAGCACUGAGAAGACAGCUCUGGGAGGGCGGCAGCGUCAACAUAUUGCAUGAUAUGGCAACCUGCAUCGAAUAUUACAAAACCAACAACGUCAGGCCGCCGUUCACCUACGCCGCGCUCAUCCGAUGGGCCAUCUUGGAAACACCACAAAAACAGCUGGCGUUGAACGAGAUCUAUCAGUGGUUUACCAAACGCUUUGCGUUCUUCCGGCUCAACAAAGUGACUUGGAAGAAUGCCGUGCGACACAACCUCAGCCUCCACAAGUGUUUUGUACGAGUGGAAAACAUUAAAGGGGCCGUGUGGAUGGUGGACGAGUUGGAGUUCCAGAGGAAGAGGGCAGUACGGGGAUCUCGCUGAGCGGCUUGCUUUUCCUCCGAUGUACAGGAAUUUCUUCGUAGACUGAACAUAUAUAAAAACAUUAUCAAGGCUGCUGGCGGGUAAAUCCGGAUCUGCUAAUAAAAUAGGAGGAGUUGGGAGUCUGCCUCUGCCAAUACGACUUCUUACCCCAUCUAUAGGAACCAAUGUCACCACCACGGUGCUGGAAGAGCAGAAUGAAUGUCACCACCACGGUGCUGGAAGAGCAGAAUGAGGCUUUCAUGUUAGAUGUUGAAAAAUAAAAUAAUUUGCUUCCUUUUGUUCCAUUUAAUAUUCCAGUGAAAGCAUUUUUUAUAUCUGUUUACUAAGUGCCAAUAAUAAAACAAUGAUAUUUUUGUACCAUUAAA